UACUUUGCACACCACACCCAAAAAGAAAAAAGAAAAAUAUUCUGUAAAGCGAGAAAAAAAACCAAGAAAAUCAUGUGCUGUGAAAAUUGCAGGCCACUGGGCUUCCUCCUCGGCCUUCCCUUUGCUCUUCUUUCUCUUAUCAUCUCUAUUAUCGGCGUUGUUGUUUGGAUCGUGGGGUUGUUGUUGACACUGAUCUGUCCUUGUUGUUUGUGCGUGACGGUGCUAGUGGAGAUGGCGCUGGAGUUGGUCAAAGCUCCAAUUCAUGUCAUGGAAUGGUUCACCGAACAGAUCCCUUGUUAAUUAAUUAACUCUUCUAGUCUAAAUUACCUGCUCUCUUCUGCUUAUUUUUUUUUCAGUGAACAUAUAUUGCUAGCAUGUAUAUUUUCCUGCAUCUCUUCGCCAGUUAUUUGUUUGAUGAGUGUAAUAAAUUAAGGGUGAAAUUUAGGCAGAGUUUCAUUGUUGUGUUAUUGACUAUGUAUGAUGGGGUUUAUGAGGAUCUCCUGUAGACACCUUGUGGUGAAAUUAAGGCAAAGUUUCAUUGUUGUUAA